AGCUGGCACUGGCCUUGCCUGACUAGUAGCUGAGACUUGUGGUAGUUUUGGCUGAUCCACUCAGUCUCCUGAGUGAAUACCAAGCAGUGUCAGUCCACCUGCACUGCAACACUAUUAGAGAGCCCACUCAGGAACGGCCCUGGUGAGGGAGCUUUACCCAGGUACCAUGUGGCAGACAUCAGGCUGCCUGACUGGCAGGCAAAAGGCGGCAAUGACACUCUGAGUCCCAUCCUGUGCAGGAUUAAUCAGGCUGAACUACCAACAGGUUGAUCAUUUUAAAGCACCUCUUCAACAUUUCCUUAUAAAAGGAACGCUCUGAGGAACACAGACUAUCAGUGACAAGUGCAUGACAAUUUAAGAAGCAGCCAAUUUUUCCACUGCAAUGAAAGCAUGUCUAGCCUCCAAGACUCCCAACUCAAACCCCCAUCUAUUCUUUCACACCCAUAUGGUGUGAGUCUGAGCCUGCUCUCAGCUAUGGGACUGGUCAGCUCAUCUUCUCCCCAACUGCUCUGCUAUUUUAAUCACACUGUGCUUGAAAUUAGGCGUGACAGUCUCUCCACCACCGACCAAGUCAAUCACUGGUGCAGCCCUAGCACUGUCUGUGGCAGCCAAUAGCACACAUACACGUAAGACAGAAAGCAGAGGACACAGUUAAUAGCCCAGUCUUUCAGAAGCUCACCAAAUCAUUCCUUACAUUGGUCUUUAGGAGAGAAAGCAACAGGAGAGGUGUGAUGAACUGAGAAUCCCAACAAACCUUUUGGUACCACACAGGCAUCGUCAGGUGCCAUGAGAAAGGACUACUAUAUAAUCCCAUCCAUCAACACUGAACCUGAAACCCAGACAUCAAAUUACAGUGACAGCUGGCAAGAGCCAGUAUGUCUCUAACUAUGAAUCUUUAGCCCAAUGCCACAAAAUGUCUUAUGUGAGUCAUUUUGAAACGUCAUGAAGAUGGUAACACAACUAGGUCUCGUGUUUUUCAAAUAUGCAAGUUUUACCAUUGUGCUGUAAAACUAUCCAAUCAGCAACACUUGCCUGUGUAUACAAAACACCACAAAUGAUACUGGAGCUCAAACUUUGCUCUCACCCAAGACUACCAUAAGCGCAGUUGGAGUUGUGAAUCCAUGGCUGACCUAGAGCUUCAACCAGUCUGCAAACUGUUAAGUAUUUCAUUGCCAGGGUUAAUUUGUAAAACUUACAAUUGCUGUUUAAAUUAAAAAUCAAUUCUGUAUAAUGAGAGUUAGAUUUCUGACUGAACAGGAUAUGAUGAAUUCCACCACUCUAAGAAGGUUACACGAAAACAAUUUUAUGGUAUUGAAUCUCCAAAUCUAGAAUCUUUUGGUUUUUCUGUAUUUUGUUAACUGUUUAAGUGUAUCUAUGGUCCUCUAAAAGCAAAUACAUGUAUUUGCUUUAUCUGAAAUUAAAAAACACAAUUGGCUUUACUCUGCAGCAUUGCCUGCCAAAUAAACUGGACAUCCUGGCUCAAUUAUUUUUCUUAAGAACCAACUAUAUUAGGUUAUCAUUAGUGAUCAACACAACUACUGCUUUCUGAUCAGCCUUUAAAGAAAAUAAAGCGGGGAGAGAUAUAAAUUUGAUUACUAGAGAGCUGAGAACAAUAAAAGACAACGCUGAAUGAGAACUGCCGAUUUGCCCAUACAAACUUCGGCUUUUUAGGUUCAUUUUUUAAAUGUUCUUUCACUCCUUCCUGCAGUCUGCAAUUCUGAAGGCUAGAUGCAUUUGAACCACGUUUUUCCACGAAGCCCACCUUGACACAAAUCCAAUUAUUUAUUGCUUAAAAUACGAAACACUGACUUAUAGAACGGCGACGAGUGGGAAACCCGUAACGUAGAAUUCCCCGGAGUUACUGACGCGUAAUUUACAGGCUCGUUCUUUGCUCGGCGUUCGGCGACAGGUCUGUUCCGCGGUGCCGCCCGGGGCAUUCCCGAGCUGCCGGCGCUGCUCCCCGCCGGCCGCCGCAGCACCCGCACUGCCGGAGGGCCAUCUUGCUUCUGUCUGACCCACAGGAAAUUAAAUGUACCGAGCCUAAGCCGUGGCCCACCUGAAGACGCCUAGGCGAGGAGUUUUAAAAGUUAUUUUUGUUCGCUUUUCACGCACAACGCCGAAGGGCUCCGCUGCCGCAAUCUUUCACGUUCAGCUUCUCUAGCAAGAGAGCCUCACCGAGCUCACCAGCCCGGCACGGCACGGCACGGCACGGCGGGAGGAUCUACCCCGACCGGGGUCCCCGCGACCCAAGGCCGGGAGUAGGCGGCCGCCCUCGGGCGAGCCGCGGGGCAGGGCGAGCCCCGGCUCCCUCCCCGCCGCCCCCGCGCCGCCCCGCACGCCUCCACCAUGUUGUCUCGGUGCGCAGCGGCGCGGGGGAGGGACCGCCGCCGCCAGCCCGGCUCCGCGGGGGCCGCCCGGCUCCUCCCCGCGGCCUCCGCUUCGGGCGCGGAGGCGCUGCCCCGGCCGGGAGGCGCGGCGAUCCCGACCCGGAGCGCAUGGAGGGAAACGCGGUGUGGAGGAGGGGCCCCGGUGCCCGCCGGAGAUCCCGGCCAUAGGGGCGGGGAGUCUCCUCCUUCUCCUCCUCCUCCCGCAGCGAGGCUCCAGCUCCCCGCACGCACCGGAGCGCUCGGCUCCCUCCUCCUCGUCCCUCCUCCCUUCCCCUCCUCCCCGCUUCCCUCCCCGGGUCGCCGCGGCUCCGGGAGGAGCGGGGGGGGCCCCGCUUCCUUCCCUCCCCCCCUCCUUCUCCCACCCGCCACGCCGAGGAGAGGCAGAAGCAACGAUGGGGUGCAUUAAAAGCAAAGAAGGUAAAGGCCCAGCCAUGAAAUACAGAACUGAAAAUGCUCCAGAACCUGUUAUUUCCCAUGUCAGUCAUUAUGGAUCAGAUUCCAGCCAAGCAACACAGUCACCGUCAAUAAAGGGAUCAGCAGUUAAUUUUAAUAGUCAUUCCAUGACUCCAUUUGGAGGGUCUUCAGGAAUGACACCCUUUGGAGGAGCAUCAUCUUCAUUUUCAGCUGUGCCAAGUACAUAUCCUAGUACUUUAACAGGUGGUGUUACUGUAUUUGUGGCCUUAUAUGAUUAUGAAGCUAGAACUACAGAUGACCUUUCAUUUAAGAAAGGUGAACGGUUCCAGAUAAUAAAUAACACGGAAGGAGACUGGUGGGAAGCAAGAUCCAUUGCUACGGGAAAGACAGGCUACAUCCCAAGCAAUUAUGUAGCUCCUGCAGACUCCAUUCAAGCAGAAGAGUGGUAUUUUGGUAAGAUGGGCAGGAAGGAUGCAGAAAGGCUACUUUUAAAUCCUGGGAACCAGCGUGGUAUUUUCUUAGUAAGAGAGAGUGAAACCACUAAAGGUGCUUAUUCCCUUUCUAUACGUGACUGGGAUGAGGUCAGAGGUGAUAACGUAAAACACUACAAAAUCAGGAAACUUGAUAAUGGUGGAUACUAUAUCACAACCAGAGCACAAUUUGAAUCUUUACAGAAGUUGGUGAAACACUACAGAGAACAUGCUGAUGGGCUGUGUCAUAAGCUAACAACUGUGUGUCCCACUGUGAAACCACAAACACAGGGACUAGCAAAAGAUGCUUGGGAAAUUCCCAGAGAAUCUUUGAGGCUGGAAGUUAAGUUGGGCCAGGGAUGUUUUGGUGAAGUGUGGAUGGGAACGUGGAAUGGAACCACAAAAGUAGCAAUCAAGACACUAAAACCUGGUACAAUGAUGCCAGAAGCUUUCCUGCAGGAGGCUCAGAUCAUGAAGAAACUACGGCACGACAAGCUUGUUCCGCUGUACGCAGUCGUUUCUGAGGAACCAAUCUACAUCGUCACUGAAUUCAUGACAAAAGGCAGCUUGCUAGAUUUCCUUAAAGAAGGGGAAGGGAAAUACCUAAAACUCCCACAGCUGGUGGACAUGGCUGCUCAGAUUGCAGAUGGCAUGGCUUACAUUGAAAGAAUGAACUACAUCCACAGGGACCUCCGGGCAGCUAACAUUCUUGUAGGAGACAAUCUUGUGUGUAAAAUAGCAGAUUUUGGUUUAGCAAGGUUAAUAGAGGACAAUGAGUACACUGCAAGACAAGGAGCUAAAUUUCCAAUUAAAUGGACCGCUCCAGAAGCAGCGUUGUAUGGUCGGUUUACAAUCAAGUCGGAUGUUUGGUCAUUUGGAAUUUUACUGACAGAGCUGGUAACUAAGGGGAGAGUGCCAUAUCCAGGAAUGGUGAAUCGAGAAGUUUUGGAACAAGUGGAACGUGGGUACAGGAUGCCUUGUCCACAAGGCUGCCCAGAGUCUCUCCACGAGUUAAUGAAACUGUGUUGGAAGAAGGACCCUGAUGAGAGACCAACAUUUGAGUAUAUACAGUCUUUCUUGGAGGACUACUUUACUGCUACAGAACCACAGUACCAGCCUGGAGACAAUUUAUAAGCCAACAGUCUAUAUAACAUGCACAAAUCUGCCAAAUGUAAAAGACUUGCAAAGAAUUCCUGAAAUCUCUUAAGGAAUCACAGGAAAGAAAAUCUUCGCUACUUUGCAUGCUCUUAAUGGCAAACUGGAAUUUCAUAAUGCCGUUGCACAAAACCACUUUUAAAGUGUUAUACUCUGAUUUACCAAUGACAUAUUUUUAUUAUUUCCUCUUUCCCAACUUAUUUUCAGGGUCCAAAGGAAGCUUACUGAAAAUACGGGGCAGAAAAAAUGAGUGUUGGUGUGAACAAUAGCAGAAAAACCAAUGUUUCAAAUCCUUUAUUCUCCCAAUAUUUGCUGAUCAUUGUACUAUUGAGGGAAUUGUCUGGAAUUAGUGAUCUUGGAGUAAGGCCUUUUUAAAGCAGAAGAACUUUGUGGGACCAAGCAAUUCUAUUCCAGUUCAGUAAAACUCCCUGUGUUUAAAACUACGUGUGUGCCCCCACCCGCGCAAAACAAAAGAUGGUACAACAGUAUUUGAUUUAUAGUCUCAAUCUUUAAGCUUCCACUUUCAUGGACUUAAUUAGGGUAAGCAGGUAAAAAGAGAAAUUGGAACAGUGAAUGAGAAACUUUAUCUAAAUGGUAGACCUCAAUAGUGAGAUUAGAGAGCAUAAUGCACUGUGUUAAUACUUGUGUUAAUAUAACUGGAAAGUAGCAUGAGCGAUUUUUCCUUUUUUCUUUCUGCAUAGCUAAUUAAGAAUAAUGAAGGUAACUAGAAGAUGAGGUAAUAUUUUAUAAAAUUGUGGUGAUAAAGUAUGAUGAUAUUUGAACUUGAAGCUAUGUAAUACAAUCACAGGGGGAAAGCCUUUAAUCUUUUAAGCUCCAAUGGAACAGUGAGCUUUUGUAUGGGAAGACUGCCUGAACAAAGUUACAAAGUUCACCAGGAAAGCAAGACUGAAGCUGGUAAAUGGCCACCUUUUAGUCCUUUUUCAGAGACAGGUUUGGUACUGUUGUAUGUGGCUCGUGAGUGUUAACGAGGGUGGGUGCCACAAGUGCUAUCUGUCACUAGUUCAGGGAUUUGAUUGCACUUUUGCUUUUCUUGGCUAUUAAGACACACACACCGUUGCUCUUCCCACUUCUGCCCUUCCUACAGAAUUAUUUAACUAAAAAUAAGUGAAAGAAAAUGUGAAAGUUUAAAAAGUAAAGGGAUAAAAUAUAUUUAAUAUUGUCCAAAUAAUGAAAUUUGCUGGUAUUCAGCCCAGCUGACACUACAUCUAGAUUUAUUUUCUUUGGCUACUGACAUAUCAAGCAAUAACGUCAUGUCUUUUACUCAACAAUUUGCAUGAGGUCUUGAAUUUCUGAUCAAGCUUAUAUACUUUAAUUUUGAAACACUCUUACUUAGUUACUGGCUUGGAAUUGAUAUUAUCAUUGUAAAGCUAUCCAACAAAUGAAUUCAGAAGAGCCGGUAAUAUAGUUCUGGUACUAAACUUAACAUUCAUGGGUUUACACUACAUUGAAUCCAACUACCAAACAGAUCUGUGUAGGAACAGUGCCAUCAUUUUUCAUUUUCCCUCAUCAUUGCUCAUCAACUGUACAUCUGUGGUUAUCAAAUUUUAAAAGGGCUUUCUGUAAGAAAAACAAAAACAAAACAAAAAAACACAUACACAAAAUACUCAAAAAACCCAAAAAAUAUGAUGAAAUUUUAAUUUUUCUAAAUAUUUUAAAAUAAUAACACAAUCAUAUGAGUUUAUGUAUUAAUACAGUCAUAACAAAAAAUGCCAAAAAUGACACUGGCAUUGUAUGGAUUUUUAAUUACUGAAUGGAACAGUUCAUUGUAAUAACACUUGUAUAGUAAAGGAAUAAAACACUAACUUAAUGAACGUGUUCAUUGUAAAUGGUUGUGUAUUAUAAAACUUCUCCAAAAGA